AUGUCAGACAUAAACGAAUUCGAAUGCAUAGAGUGUGCAAAAAAGUUUAAAUUUUUAAAAAACCUAAGAGCCCAUAUAAAAGUAAAUCACCCUCUUUUAGAGUUGGAUGAAAUAGCACCAACAAAAAAACAGAAAAAUAGUGAUUUAUAUAUAUAUACUUGUGACCAAUGUACUAAGUCAUAUUGUCAUCAAAAAAAUUUGACUGAACACAAAAAAGUUGCUCAUCCAAUUUCUCCAGCAAUUGAAAUCGUAGUCCAGUGUGCCAUGUGUUCAUUUACUGCCACAUACAAAAUUAUGAAUAUACACUAUGAAAAAGAUCAUAAUAUUUUACAAAAUGUAGAUAGUUUUGAAUUUGAAACCAUUGAUGAUUUUAACAAUUGGAAACGUGAAAUUGAACUAUCAACUCAGUCAUUGUAUGUUAAAAACUACGGUUCCUCUGUAAAAGGAAAUCAAAUUUACAGUUAUUACAAAUGCCACAGAAGUGGCUUCUAUAAUUCACUUAGUACAGGUCAACGUCAUUUAAAAACACAGGGUUCUAACAAAAUAAAUGGGUACUGUCCAGCUAGUAUUAAUGUUAUAGAGUCAAAUGUUACCAAAAAAUGUACCGCUAAAUUUAAUGGCAAUCAUAUAGGUCAUGAAAAUGAAAUAGGACACUUGCCUUUAAAUAAAUGUACCAGAGAUGAUAUAGCAUCUAAAAUAUCACAAAACAUUCCGUUUGAAAAAAUUUUGGACGAAAUUCGUGAUAAUAUUGCCAACAAUCAUUUAGAAAGAACUCAUUUACUUACUAAGAAAGAUUUGUAUAAUAUUGAAGCUUCAUACAAUCUUAACAAUGAGGCAGUAUAUCAUUCUAAUGAUGCUACAAGUGUUGGAGCAUGGGUGGAAAAACUAAAAUCUGAUGACAAAUUAAGCCUCGUUUACUACAAGUCACAAGGUCAAAUCGACACUAAUUAUAUCCAACUUAAAGAAGAUGACUUUUUAUUGCUCAUAAUGAACGACCAUCAAAAAUCCAUGUUAAGCAAAUUUGGAAAAGAUGUUAUUUGUAUUGAUGAAACGCAUGGGAUGAAUUCGUAUCAUUUUAAUUUGACAACAAUCAUGGUUCUUGAUGAUUUAAGAGAAGGAUUCCCAUGCUGUUUUAUGAUAAGUAAUAGAGUUGAUGAAGUGGUAUUAAGAAUAUUUUUUUCUAAGAUAAGGGACAAAACUGGUAUUAUUCAGCCCAAUGUCUUCAUGUCAGAUAUGGCUGAAAGUUUUUAUAACGCUUGGGUUGUUGAAAUGGAACCACCGAAACAUAGGCUCUAUUGUACUUGGCAUGUAGAUCGUGCCUGGAGAAAAAAUUUAAAUAAAAUUAAAAACAAGACAAAACAGGUAGAAAUAUAUAAAGUAUUACGAACAUUACUUGUAGAACAAGAUGCUGAGGCCUUUAGUAGAAUGUUCGACAAUGCUAUAAAUCGAAUGGCAAAAGAUGACGAAACUAUUGAUUUCUCAAACUAUUUUACUAGUUAUUAUGCUUCAUCUGUGCUGUCAUGGGCUUAUUGCCACAGAAUACAUGCUGGAAUUAACACAAAUAUGCAUAUUGAAAGAAUGCAUCGGACUCUAAAGCACAUUUACUUACAAGGCAAAAAAGUGAAGCGUCUUGAUAAAUCUCUGCAUGCCUUAAUGAAAUAUACUAGAGACAAAUCUAUUGAUAGGCUUAUUGUGUUACAUAAAGGUAAAAUAUGCUCAAAAGUAAAGGAGUUGCGCAAAAGGCAUAAGACAAGUCUUUUAAUGUCUCUAGAAAUGGUGCUUGAAAAUGUUGAUCACAAUAAUUGGAAUGUGUUAUCAGGAAAAACUAGUGAAAUGUAUGAGGUGAACAAUCUCAAAUCCAACUGUGACUGCCAAAUAAAUUGUUCUGAUUGUCAGUCAUGCAUACAUUGCUACUCAUGUUCCUGCAUAGAUAGUGCAAUAAAAUGGAACAUGUGUAAACACAUACAUUUAGUCUGUCAAUACCUGAAAAGAAAGAAUAAUGAAAAUAUAAUUACUAAUAACACACUCACAAAUUUGGAACAUACCAAUGAAACAACUAUCAUUGUGUCACAGUUAAAUAAUUCAACCAAACCAUCAAACGAUCUAGCUAAUGAAAAAGAUAAAGUAAGAUUAUAUUUUAAUAAUAUUUUAGAUGGGAUUUCUAGUUCAGAAGAACUGGGCAUUUUAAAAAAAUGUCUUACUUCGGUUACACCUACUUUAAAUGCGUUAAGAAGUAAUGCUGAUAGUCAACCAUUUAAAAGUUUGACACCGUCUCAUUGCCAAACAUCACCAAACAAAUUAAAAAUAACUCCUCAACGCCGUUUUCAUUCCACUAAAUCUAAAAGAAAUGUAAAAAAAACCACAUUAAACAUUGAGGUACCAAACCAAGUAGAGCAAAAUUUUAUAGCUGCAUCUCUAUUAUUGGAUGUGGACCAAAAUGAAGACCUACCCCAAUAUAAUUAA